AUGUUGCCCACGUUUGUCCCAUUGAGGGAACAUCAGUCGAUUUUUCCACCACGUCCUCAUAACGAUGAAUUUCUACGUUAUUGGCAAGUAUAUCAACAACAACUCUAUCAUAUGCUCUAUACGAUCAAUAUGCAGAACAUGAAUGCACGUAUGAAAGCGUUUUGCUCACCUGAAUCCUCUGAAGGGACAUCGAAUGAGUCGUCAACAGAGAAGAAGAAGUUUGAUUUCACUCAUUUAGCUGAAUCCAUAGAAACGGAGGAACGGGAAAAAGCGAAGAUCGACACAACGCCAACACGUCCGCUGGCAGUCACUUCGUCUCCAUACAAUCGUCCACCAUGGUUCCUACUGCCCGGUAGAGGUCGUGGUAGUGGGAAGUCGACAAGACCGAAAAAAGAGUUCAUAUGCAAAUAUUGCCAUCGACAUUUCACUAAAUCCUAUAAUCUCCUGAUUCACGAACGAACACACACAGAUGAACGCCCAUACUCCUGUGAAACAUGUGGAAAAGCUUUUCGACGUCAGGAUCAUCUCAGGGAUCACAAAUUCAUCCAUUCAAAAGAAAAACCAUUCAAAUGUGAUGUAUGUGGCAAAGGUUUCUGCCAGUCUCGAACUUUACAAGUUCAUCGCGCGGCACAUAUGGAAUGUGUUGGAAAUCCAGAAGUAGACGAACAAGCAAUGUUGGUCUCACCGUCGAAUGAUGUCGAACCGUUACUAACUCCUGGCUCAACACCCGAAUACAAAUUAGACUCACCUAGUCAGGAUUUACGGAUUUCCUGA